AUGAAUAACGAAACCCCUGAGAUGGAAAAUAAAUCCUCCGCUAAGAAUCUGUGUACCGCCGGCUGCGGUUUCUAUGGCAGUGUUCAAUUCAAAGAUAUGUGUUCUAAAUGCUAUCAGGAGCGUUUGAAUCGUGAAAAAGAAUCUAAUUCUCAACUCGUCAGGCAAAGUUCCGACAGCAGGUCUUCAGGCAGCCAAAAAUCUCUCCCUAGCACUACGGGCAGUCAUUCUUCUCCUUCGCUAUUCCCUACCAUCAACCUACAUGCAAGCGACACCAUCAGCACCUCAGUAAGACCCAUGAUGAAAAGAAAGGCUGACGAAAUUCAUUCCGCCUCUUGCGAUGACCUUUCCCAUUCUGUGCCGAGUGAGCCCCCUUCAUCUAUUGCUGAACUCAGAAGGGCAUUUACCAAUCCUGGCACAAAUCGUUGUGUAAGAUGCAAAAAACGAGUUGGGCUUACAGGUUUCACUUGCCGCUGCGAUGGUCUUUUCUGUUCUUUGCAUCGCUACUCCGAUCAACAUGAUUGUACAUUUGAUUAUCGAGCUCUAGGCCGUGCUGAGCUCUCCCGUGAUAACCCCGAAGUUCGGUGCGCCAAAAUACGUAAACUGUGA